CCCCUCCCCCACACUGACCCCUCUCCCCUCCCCCCCAGGACCUGGCUGGACCCCACCUCGGCCCGCCCCUCCCCCUCCUUCCUCCGCGCCGUCCGGGCGCUGCCGCCGCGCUUCUCCCCGGCCACGGCGGCGGCCUACGCCGAGCUGCUGUCCGCCUGGGGCACGCACGCCGUGCGCUCGGCGCGCCUGGGCGGCCGGCUGCGCUCGCUGAGCGCCCUGCGCCUCUGCCGCGCCGCCAUGGCCGGCCUGGGCGCCCAGGAGGCCUCGGACUGCCUGCGGGCCGAGCUCAGCUUCGGGGCGGGCGGCGCGGCCGCGGGGGCCUGCCGGAGGGCCCGGGCGGGCACCGAGGGCAACGCCAGCUUCGCCGAGUUCUUCGGGCAGCGGCUGCAGGAGGUGGAUGGGGGCACGGAGCGGGACGGGGACCUGGCCUUCGGGCGGCCGGAGGGCUUCUCGCGGUGGCUGCGCAGCGUGCCCGAGGCGCCGGCCCUGGUGCAGGCCGAGCUGUGGCCGCUGCACGCCCUGCUGCCCCGGGGGGAGCCCCGCCGGGCCGGCCUGAGGGCGGCCGUGCGCAGCUACGUGGCGGCCAAGGCGCUGAGGGUGAACUGCAGCUGCGGGGGGAGCGGUGCCCCCCAUGCCGCCCACCCCUGCCACUGCCCCUGCUCCCCCACGCCCCUCCCGCUGGGCGGCUCCCCGUGCUGCCCCGCCCACCGCGGCCUGGCUCACCUGUCCGUGCAGGUGCUGGGGGGGCGGGGCUGGCGCGGCGACCCCCUGAGCCCCACGGACGCCUACGUGCGCGUGUCCAUCUCGGGCCGGCGGGCGCGCACGGCCACGGCCUGGAACACCGAGCGCCCGCGCUGGGGGCAGCGCCUGGACCUGGGCCAGGUGUGGCUCCGCCCCGGCGCGCACCUGGAGCUGCAGGUGUGGGACGAGGACCACGGCUGGGACGACGACCUGCUGGGCAGCUGCCGCUGCGCCGUGGCCGCCGGGCGGUGGCCGCGCAGGUCGUGCUUCGCCGGCGGCGGGCGCCUCGACUUCGGCGUGACCGCCAGGUGCGGCCCCGCCCUGGGCGGGGCGCUGUGCCACGACUACCUGCCGGCCGCGCCCGAGGGCGGGGCAGGGCUGGUGGGCGGGGCCAGCUGGCCGCCCGAGGGAGGGGAUUGGGCCAGGUUUGGGGGGGAGGAGGAGGAGGAGGAGGAGGAG